GGCGGCCAGGAAGCUGCCAGCGAGGCCUGCCGCGCGUCGCAAAUACGUGGAGCGGCCGUGGCUGCUCCUGCUUCGUUCGAGCGCUGCGCCUACCCCCUACCGCGAUCAACCUGACCGGCCAGCCGCCCCGCCGUCGUCGCCGCUGCCGCCGAUCAGUGUUUGUCCGGCGCGAUCGCACGAGGAAGCAAGGGGGAGAGAUCAGAGAUGAGGAGCAGCGAGGCCAUGGAGCUCCUGGGCUUCGCUCCCUACUCCCGGCCGUCCCCUUCCGAGGUGAAGGCUGCGUAUAGAAGAAUGGUCAUGGAGUCCCAUCCCGAUCGUGUACCGACACAUCAGAAGCCUCAAGCAGAGUCAAAAUUCAAGCAGAUAGUAGAAGCAUAUUCUUGUUUGAAGGAUGGUCGAAGAUUUGGGAACAGAAUGGAAGUACAUGUAAUGAGGUCUGGUGUUCCAACGGGAUACAGAAGAUCAAACAAGAUAUUGAUUAAAGCCCCCUUUCUGCUCAUAAUUUGUGCCGCAGUUUCCUUUGGUUCCUACAGCGCUUCGAGGGCAUACCAGCGGCAAAAGGAUGUGUGUUCCUCUCAGAACCCUUUUCUUCCAUGAUGGAAAUCCAUUGUACUGUCCAUAUCCAUAUAUAUAAGCUACUCCCUCCGAUCCAUACACAUAUGGAUCGGAGGGAGUAAAGAGAAGAUCUGCAUGUUGCAAUUUGAGAUGCAAAACAAUCUCUGCACUGAAUAAAGGCACCCUUGUGAUUUCAAAGAAAAGAACAUGCUUUGUAGAUGUUCAAUUUAGCUCUAGGGAGCAUAUGCUCCUGCGCGCCAAAAAUACAUUUACAAAUGUGAAAAUAUACAAGACAAUUCAGACAUUUAAAUGUUCAUUUUCAAAUGUAAUUUGCAAAUUUUUAUGGUGAAAGCCCAAGCAUUGCAACCUGUACAAAAACUAAUAAUUGAGUGCCAAUUUUUGGCAUUUCUAGAGCA